AUGGGAAACUUCGUUUCCUGCCAGGCACCGGAUGGCGGCGGCGGCGGCGGCGGCGGUGGCGGCGGUGGCGGGAAGGUCGUGCUCUCCGACGGCACGGUCCAGGAGUUCGAUCGCCCGAUCUCUGUGGCGGAGCUCAUGCUCGAGCACCCGAGGCAGUUUGUGGUUGACAUGCAGUCGCUCUCUGCCGGCGCCACCAGGAUGGCACCGUUGCCGGCCGACCACACGCUGGACCCCGAUAAGGCCUACCUCAUGCUCCCCAUGACACGCGGGAGGCUGCCGGCCGACGAGGCCCGAAGGAUCCUGUCGCUGGCUCGAUCGGUGCUGCGGUCACGAUCUCCGCCAUCUUUGGCUAAGAGCCUUAGCCUAGUUCUUGGCAUUUGCAUGGCAGGUGUUGCUGCGAAAGAAAAGGAGGAGAUGGCCGAGGGAAACGAUGAUGACCAAUUGAUGGAGAGAGAGGAGAACGUUGGAGGGGCCGAAUGGUCGCCGGAGGUCUUCGGGGCUGAGCCGGAGUUUCUGAUCAGCAGCCAGUUUUCAACCAAGGGGUGGAAGCCAAGUCUACGUACCAUAGAGGAGAAGGCCUUGGUGAGGAAGGUGUCUCACUGGUUGUUCUGA